UGACACAAGAAUUGAAAUAUCGAUUCCAUCGAUAGUUUGUCAUCUCUACUUUGGAUUGUCUGCGUUCGUCGAUUUUUUCUGUUCGCAAGUGAAAUUAAUUUUGCUAAAAAAAUUCUGGGGGAGGUGCGAACGAUUAACCAAAGAAACAGUUUUGUCUGUCUUUUUUACUACGAUUUCAUACUUGAAGCGAUCGAUACUCAAAUCCUCCAUAAUUUGGGUAAUUUUAAUUUAACCAAAACAAAACCCCUUGUGACUGAUAGAUAAAACGACAGCAUUGUUGUGUGUACUACCUGCAACCUGAUACAAAUUAUAAUAAAUUGAAGCAACAAUAGACUUUACAAUGGCACAUCUUGGACGUUCCGUUAAAAAUGUUGAGGCUCCACGGCCCUUAAAGUCACAGUCACGCUCCUCUUUGAAGAACAAUUUAAUGCUGAUCGAAGAGCUAAUGCAACUAAUCGAGAAUGUGGCAAUUUCAUUGCAAAACGGAAUUAACAAUACAGAGCCGAUGGCCACGUUGGUGCAAAAUCUUCGCAUACAUGGACCACAAUUGGAGACGGUCUCAAAGGAUACCUUAGAUAGAGCAUUUGUGGUAUUUCGUAAUGCUUCGCAGGACGAACGCUUAAAUAUAAUGACACGUCUUAAUUUGCUUGAAUUGAUUGAGUUGAGAGCCAAAGGAUGGGAAGAUACUGGUAUUAAUAGCUAUUACAAAACUAAGCAGGCAACAAAUGCUGAGUUAAAUGAUGUCCAGAAUCAUGUUGAUCCAACACAAACGGCAUUUUUAAGCACCUCCCCCACAUUUGGUGGUAUGAAUGCUGGAAAUGCUGCUGCUGCCGCUGCCAUUGCUUCUGUGGGUUCGGCUAAUCAACAACAUUUGCUAUUGGGACCGGGUGAAGUUAUUCGUAAUUCUGGAAAAUUUCCAAAGCCUACUAAAAUCCCUGGCAAAACCUAUUGCAAGGAUGAGGUUGUGAUACGGAAUGCUGAUUCAGGCAAAGUAAUGGGUAUCAAAGGUCGUCGUGUCCAUAUGAUUGAGGAACUCAGUGAAACAAUCAUAUCAUUCCAAAGAGUGAAUCCGGGAGCAAAGGAACGUUUGGUACAGAUAACCGGUCCUGCUGAAGAUAAAAUCAACUAUGCCAAACAGUUGAUUGAAGACACCAUACGUCGUAAUGCUUCUCCGGUGCGUUUGGAUCCAGCCAUGGGCAGUGGCCAUGCUGGUGGCUCGUGUUCAUCAUUGGCCUCUUCAAACUCAGACGAGGCGGUGCAGACACGAACCCCAGGCGCCAGCAAUUUGGCCAAUCGUUUAAGCUUUAAUUCAGCCCAAAACUUUAUGACUGCUGCUGCGGCAUCCCAACAGAUGGUCCAACAACAAUUGGCAAAUGUUCCCGGUUUAAAUAGCUCAACGCCUGUGGCCAAUACUGCUGCUGUCGCUGGUAAACCGAUACGUCCUCAUACGCAAAUGUUGUUGCAUUCAUAUUCAACAAAUGAUGCUUCUUUAGGUGAAUACAAGUUCACUUGUAACGUGGGUCAACAUGUUAUCAAAAUCACCGGAGACUGCUGUGACUUAGUUAGGGUUGCCAAAUUGGUGUUGGACGAUUAUUUCAGCAGUGCAGAGUUUUUGGCAUCUAUGGAAGCAGGGGCAGCCUUUGAUGGUUCUAUGACCAGUCCUAUUUCCACACCAACAACACCAAUGACGGGGGCUCCGCAAUUUAUUAUGGGUACACCGUUGGCAACGGACAGUGGUAUUGGUCUGAAUUACAUGUCUGCAGCUAACAACAACAAUAACCAGGAUGUAGAUGAUGAUGUCUUUGUUGAUAGCAGUAAUUUAUCCAAAUCAGCAUCACAAAAUAAUGGCCUAGCCCGUUCACGUAGAAGUCAUUUUUCGCGUAAGGAUUCCACUCCCGAAGCUCCAGCAACGCCAGUGACACAGUUGGUACGUCAAAAGAGUGAGGUCGGCACUGCUGUCAACAACAAUGCAACAACAACACGCAUCGUUCAUCAGUAUGAGCAUUUGCUCUUUUAUGCUAAGAGUCCUCAUUCCUGGGCAUUGCCAAAUGAAUGGCAAAGAAUCUGUGAAAAAUUUCCGGCCAUAAUACGUAAUAAGGACUUGCAAGAUGAGAGCAAUCGUUUUGAUGGUGAUAAAUAUUUGGAAUUGGCUAAAUCAUCCGGUAAACGUAAUCUAACAACUGUUGACGACAGCACUACGGAUAACGAUAUACAAGAAAACGAAUAAAAAACAAACCACCUCCCUUCCCCAUUUUGAGUCCAAUAGAAAAACAACAACAAAUAAAAUAGAAAAUUAUAUUUUCGUUACUUAAAUAUCGAAAAUAAACCAAAAAGUAAAGAAAACAAAGGAAACGGAGCAGUCGGCUAUUAGUAUAGCGAUUUUAUACUCCUUCUUCUCUUCUGCUCCCAAAAAAAUAAAACGUUCUUUUGUAUUGUUUCAAAAUAUUUUGAUUUGAAAAAAACACACACCAAACAGGAAUGGAGAAACUAUAACAAAAAACAGAACGAAACCUAAUGUAAUGAAAAGCUAACUGAAAUUAAUUUAAGUCAGAUUGGAAAUUUUUAUAAAAACCGCAAUAUUUAUUUUUAGGGACAUUUAAUAAGUAUACAAAGAAUCUACGAAACUAUAUACAUAUAUAUUUAAAAGAAAUAUAUAUGUAUACUAUAACGAGAAAAUGUUUUGUAAUGGAAUUACUAAAACAAGAACAACAAUCACAGGAUCUUGAUUACAUUGUAUUUGAUUUAUAUAGGCAAUAUUUUUUAAUUUAUUUAUUAUUAUCAUUAUUUUUUAUUAAACAUAUAUUUUAUAUUUAACAAAGCGCUCUAGUAAUUACUCAUUGUGUUUUUUUUCGUACUUUUCAUAAUAAUUUAAUUUUGCAUUUUCCAAAUUAAUUUUCCUAUUAACAUUAUUUACGUAUAUGGAUGAUAAAGGACGAUAAGGAUGAUAGGGGCGAAACAACAAAAUAUGUAACUCAAAUGGACUUAUUUUUGCUUUGCGUCUCCUCUUCCAAUGUAACUAACAUGAUUUUUGAACAAGUAUUUAUGUAAUUUAGUCUUAUAUUUUAAUUAUAGCAUGUUUUCUCUUGUCCCCUACCUACUAUGUCAGUAAGUCAGUUGGGAAUAUGUUUUUCUUUUUUGUUGUUUUAAUUUUGCUUGUCCUCCACCACUUCCAUUUAUACAAUAAUUUUUUUUUAGUUCGUUUCUUUUGUUAUCUAAAUUUUUUCUAGUCUUUUUCUCAAAUUAUUUUAACCUUUUAAUAAUAGAAAUCAAAUAUAUAUUUUAUUUUUGAAAAACUCUAUAAAA